CCUUGUUCAUUUCAUUUCAUUUCUAUUUUUAGCGCUGUCUAUGUUUGUUUCUAUUUUUUUCAAAGAAGGAUACCGCCUGUCGGAUGCGCAGCGGUAUCCUUCGGACCACGUGUGUCCCGCUUUCCCAGGGGUAGACAAUCUCUCUCAGGUGGAAGAGGGCUCGCUGGGUGGGAGGGGGGUACUGAUUGAUUGGAAAUCUGUCAAAUGAUGUGUGAUGUGGCCGACGUGUUGUGCAGGUUUGGUGAUUGGGAAGAGAGAGGCGACGUCGAUCGAUUGCCAAGCGAACGACGGAAGACGAGAGGAGGCGGCGCGAGUGUGGUGGAAGAGAGUGGGUGGGGUGGGUGGGUGGGUGGGUGGAAUUGGCAGUGUGCCGGUAUGAGGCCUCUCGAUGAAGGCGAGACGAAAGCCGUGUUUGAGAAGCUGUUUCAAUUCCUCGGGAAUAACCUGAAGCAAUUGAUCGACCGGCCGGCGAUCGAGGGUGCGCGAGAUGCCAAGGACGGCGGGUAUUGCCUUCGGCUGCAUAGGAAUAGGGUGUAUUACGUCAGCGAAGCGAUUGUGAAAAAGGCGACCAACGUAGGGAACGACAACUUGGCGUCGUUGGGGACGUGCAUUGGCAAAUUCACGCACUCCAGCAAAUUCAGACUGACGGUGACGUGUCUGGAAUUGCUGGCGGCGCACGCCAAGUACAAGGUGUGGCUGAAGGCGUCUGCAGAGAUGUCGUUCUUGUAUGGCAACCACGUUGUCAAGAGCGGGCUGGGAAGAAUCACGGAAAGCACGCCGCAGUAUCAAGGGGUCGUCGUGUAUUCUGCAUCUGAUAUCCCUCUUGGCUUCGGUGUUGCUGCGCACUCCACCCAAGAAUGCCGUAAGCUCGACCCAAAUGCCAUAGUCGUCCUCCAUCAAGCCGAUGUAGGAGAGUACCUAAGGCAAGAGGAUGAUCUAUAGUGUGUGUGUGUGUGUGUGUGUGUGUGUGUGUGUGUGUGUGUGUGAGAGAGAGAGAGAGAGAGAGAGAGAGAGAUGCUGGCUGUAGAACUAGAGUAAGGAGAGGGAGAAGGGGAAAGGGGGGGGGGGGCGGUGAAUGAGGCUGGGCAUUGUGACGUAGGUUGUUUUGGUGGUGUUGUUCGCGGCGAAGUGCAAAGUUUUGGUAGAGAUCUUCUUAAGUGUUGUUGUUUUCAGCGAGGCGGAAGGUUUUGCUAGAUCUUGAGGUGUUAGUGUGAUACGGAUUUGUGAUAUUUUUUUUAUGCUUUACAGUGUUUUAUUCUACUUUUUUUGUUGUUGUUUGCCUUGUUGCUCGUCAGCUCAAUGGUAUAUGCCUGCCUACCGUCUUCACCCGAAUAGAACGCCCGGUCAUUAUCGCUCUGCAUUUGGACCGAAAGUUGCCCUAAAUGCACAGCUGUAAUGACCGGGCGUUCUAUUCCUUCAUCGGGAUGAAGACGUCAGCUUUAUAGGUCGGCACAAGCGACUCCCAAGUUCACUUUGUACCAAGCUCAGCACUUUAUAUAGGAGAAAGCUUAUUCUGAUGCUGAGCUUAUCUUGAUGCUUAUCGCGAUGCUUAUCACGAUGCUGAACUUGUCUGUCAUCAACUUGUGGACCACAUUGUGACAGAAAUGAAGCACCAAAAGUGUA